AUGUCCAUUUCUGGAACUCUUAGCAAUUAUUAUGUCGACUCUAUUAUAAGUCAUGAGAGUGAAGAUUCGCCUUCAACUAAAUUUUCAACUGGGCAAUAUACAAAUUCUAGACAAACUGGACAUAAUGAACAACAGCUAGAAUUCCCCUCUUGUAGUUUUCAACCAAAACCUCCUGUUUUCAGCGCAUCUUGGACUCAACCGCUGCUGGGCCGUCCUGGGGAUGUCCAUAAACAGGGAACACAGGAGUACAAUUUAGAAACUUCUGCUGCAAGGGAAGGGAUCGUUUCCAAUCAAAGGCCCAGCUUCGAGGACAAUAAAGUUUGUGAAGGAAGCGAAGACAAAGACAGGACAGAUCAAA